UAAAACACAACAUUCACAAUCGAGCUCAAAAUAAAUAUCCUCGACCCUGCGUUUGUCGAAAUCCUAUCGUAGAGGAAGACGAGAAGCAGAUGGUAGGUUUAGUGACCGACUAAUCCAUGGCGGUGCUGCAGCAAGGUUGUUCAGCUUCUAUUGCACGCUCGUUGCGGCCCCACAUUUCCAUGGCCGCCGCCGCCGCCAUCGCCUCGCCGCCGAUGGUGGUGCCGAGGCUUCGUAAGACGGAUUCUCGCUUCCUCAUUGGCAUGUCGGAAUCGGAGCUUCGUCAGCUUGCCCUAGAUUAUGGCCAGAAAAGCUAUAGAGGAAAGCAGCUCCAUGAUCUCCUGUACAAGACUAGGGCUAAAGAAAUCCAAGACUUCAGCCACUUGCCUCAAGUGUUUCGGGAAGAGCUGCGUGAAGCUGGGUGGAGAGUUGGAAGAUCACCCAUACACCGAGCUGUCACCGCAUCUGAUGGCACUGUUAAGAUACUUAUCAGAUUAGAAGAUAACAGAUUAAUAGAAGCUGUUGGGAUACCAGUUGAAGAUGAUAAAGGUUCUUUUCGUCUCACUGCCUGCGUAUCGUCGCAGGUUGGCUGUCCCUUGCGGUGCUCAUUUUGUGCCACCGGUAAGGGUGGUUAUUCAAGGAACCUUCUUCGGCAUGAAAUUGUUGAGCAGGUGAUGGCGAUUGAGGAGAUUUUCAAGCAUAGGGUUACAAAUGUUGUGUUUAUGGGAAUGGGUGAGCCAAUGUUGAACCUGAAGUCAGUCUUGGAAGCUCACAGGUGCUUGAAUAAGGAUAUACAAAUUGGGCAAAGAAUGAUGACCAUAUCCACUGUUGGUGUGCCGAACACAAUCAAGAUGUUGGCUUCACACAAACUUCAGUCAACUUUGGCUGUCAGCCUCCAUGCUCCUAACCAAAAGAUACGUGAGGAAAUUAUUCCGAGUGCGAAAUCCUACCCAUUGGAUGCACUUAUGCAUGAUUGCAAGGAGUAUUUCAUGGAAACUGGAAGGAGGGUGUCUUUCGAGUAUACACUCUUAGCUGGAACAAAUGAUGCGGUAGAACAUGCGGUAGAGCUCGCUGAGCUUCUCCAAUGCUAUAGCCGUGGUUCACAUGUCAAUCUCAUACCGUUCAAUCCAAUUGAUGGUUCUGAAUACAGAAGGCCAUACAAGAAAGCGGCAAUGAAUGAUUAUUUGAGAAUUUUGUCUUCUUGCUUGGAGCAUUGUGAGAACUUGUGAGUUCUAAUGGAGAGAGAUCCCUAGGAGAGGGAGAUUUGCGCACUACUCACCAACCUUGGAGACGGCCGGGUUCGUGGUUCGUUUUCUUACUUGAUUGCUUUGACUUCCCCAUCACCUAAUCCGCCAACCUCUCCACCCGAGCCUUCUUCUUCCCUCAAGACCACCGCCAAUAUCCUUCCCCACGAUCUUCACCCGAACCACUAUCCUCCCUCCACCCGAGCCCAAACCGCCGGCCAUAGAUUUUAGCCGCCGGCCACAUUCAAGCGCUUUCCCCUUAUGAGUUUCCUACUUGGGUGUGAGGAGAUUUGGGAUAAUUUUGAAUUUCAAGUCCUUGAAUUUGAAUUUCAAAAUCCUGCCUAAAACAACUCAUCUAAUUUAGGGGAGCUUCUAUUUUAAUCUAAUUUGAAAUUCAAAAUUCAAUUGGAUUUUAAUUAAGCCUUUCCUAAAUAUAAAACCUGAGUUAAUACACUUUAUUAUCCCUCCUUAAUAUUCCCGUGAUCAGAAAUCCCGCCAGCUCUCUAUGGGGGACCACUUAAUAUUUAUUUCCUAACUCCAUUCACUGCCUAUGGAAAUAUUUCCCAAAACUCCUAAACCUGAGCCGAUUUUUCCUCAAGCCCCACCUCUUUAAUAUUUCCUAUAUUCUCAUUUUAAUUUAGGAAAUAAAUUUCUGGACUUCUCCUCUCUCCCGUAACAGCCAACCUCCCUAUUUGGAUUUCCUUAGAAAUCCCUCUGUAGUGCUUGAUCUCCUUGUGAGAAGCGUUGAAAGCCAUUACCUGCUGCUGGCUGAAUUUUCCACGGAUCAUCUUGGCACUUCUCUACAAAAUUUCCAUAAUCUAUUUACAAG